CAUACGAAUCAUUUAAACGGGAACGAGUACGUGCGCGUACUCGUAUUCUUUGUGUGGCAGUGUAGAGAAGCGCCAAAAGAGUGACCAUGGCAGAUGAAAAACCAAAGGAAGCAGUGAAGACAGAAAACAAUGAACACAUAAACCUGAAGGUAGCAGGUCAGGAUGGAUCUGUAGUGCAGUUCAAGAUCAAAAGACACACGCCGCUCAUCAAACUCAUGAAGGCCUACUGCGAGAGACAGGGACUGUCGAUGAGGCAAAUAAGGUUCAGAUUUGAUGGACAGCCGAUAAAUGAGACAGACACACCAUCACAGUUGGAAAUGGAAGACGAAGAUACAAUUGAUGUGUUUCAACAACAGACGGGAGGCCUGAUUUAAUCAUCCACAUGUAUCACCACUUUCCUCCUCAACACAACCAACCUUCCCAGCCUGUGAUACACAGCGGCUGCUUCUUUGCGACUCGUCCUAUUGUCUCAACAGAAUUCCAUGCAGAAGAAAUUGUCAUUUCUCUGCUGCACAUAACUGCUGUAUAGUAUUUUCAUUCUUUCUCUUGUUACUUUUCUGUUUUUGUACAUAAACCACAUCCAGAUCGCUCUAUGUUCAGGUUUUGUUUAUUCAUGCUAUAUUGUAGUAAAUGUUAAGGACUUCCCUUCCCAAUUUGAGGGGCUUGUAUAAGGUUGCGGAAAAACAGGACUGGUGAUAGAGUUAAUAAAACUGACUUUAUUGAUCAAAUGUUGUUGGCCUGGGCUUGUUCUGUGUCCAGCGAGUGUACUAUUUUGGGACAGGCUAUUAGUGAACAGUAUAACCAGUUUGGGAAUUGCAAUUGUCUUCUGGUUUUGGAUCUUCUGAAAAAAAAAUAUUUGAUUUUAUACAUUUUUAUAUAGUAGUGAAUGUGUAGAGAAAUGUUUUGAUUAACCAUUUAACUAGGCAAAGCUUCAAAUUUUGGGAAGCCUGAAGAGAUGUUUCAUUCAAAUAAACAUCUGUAUUGUCUAUUAAGGUGCCUGUUAAAAUAAAGCUAUUGUCUUUUUCCAAA